CCCUUCAAAAUUUGGGAUAUUUUGUCAGCAAUGUGCCUUCGCUACGAACAUCAUGGAUUUGUCCAUCCAGAAAAAUUACUUGUCCAACUUUUUUCCACAGUAUGUACAAUUAAUAUCGGACAUACAGGGUGGUUCACAGCCCCACCUUUUUUUUCCGUAUCCUGUACCGCAUGCUGGCGGGCUUGCCAACCGCGUCGCUCACCGCGGUGCCUUAUGGCCCCGGCCCCGUGGCCCUUUCAUUGCUUAUGGCGAACGCUUUUACAUGUGCGAGCCAAACAACCGCCUGCUGCCCUGUAGAUGGAAUAUACGCGCUUCUCACUUCAACCCAUAUAAACCACAAGAGUUACAACGCUUGACAGGCAAUGUGACGACUGAUGUAACGGUUAAUGACGACUGCUGGUCGAGAUCAGCUGUGGAUGUUCGAUCGAACAAUCAAUGGAAGGAAAACGCCUUUGUCUUUCAUUUUAAAAACGGUGCAUGUCGGGUUUUGAAAGAAAAUAUUCCUGAUUUUUACAAGCAAGUUAUGAAGGGAAAAGAUGAAGGUGGGUGCUCAAUGCCACCAGUUGCGGGUGAAGUAAGUACGGAUGACUGAGCCAAGGCACUUCGUAUACUAUUCUGCUGUCGUUUAAUUAUGUCUGUACAUCUGAUACUACAAUGGCGACGAGACCGACGUGACCAUUGACCAACAGUCGCCUGGUGAAGUGCCUCUACCAGGUGCCUGCUUUCGAUGACUUCCACCGCCCGAGCGACUUCUGCCGCUUCGAGGGCAUCGGGUGCAACCAAGGAGGAGCACCCAGUCCAUCUGCAGAGGGGUGUGGACCACGGACGACCACGGAGUAACAGAGAUGGAGCCUCGGCUGCCGUAUUUCAGCGAAUGAAAGCGGGGCCCGGAUCACGUCCGGAGUUGUCAAAAGUCGCCACUAGGUAGGCGCUAGUGCCGCUAUGGCUUCGUUUGCUGAAGUGCCAUAGCGACGAAAGCGCAAAGUGGCAAGAGUUACAAGCUACUAACCCCGGACAUGUUUGGGAGCCAUUCCGUUCAGCGUAGCUGAGGCUCCAUCUAUGAUACUCCGUGGUGGACUACGGCACCGUAUCCAGCCUCCAGGCUUGCCCUGUUAUGGCACUCGCCGCAGACCUAUAAGUCUUCUCAUCCGGAAAAUCCAGCAUGAUUUGAAUUGAAUGAGCCUUUUGAAGGUUGGUAAUAAAGUGAUCAAAUUUAGAA